AUGGCGAAAAAGAAGCAAAUUGAUUUAUUUCUGGAAAUUAAUAACCAAAAAGAGUUUGACUAUCUGCUUGAUCAAAAUUAUGAUAGGAUUAUAUGUGUGGAAGUAUACUGUGCUUUUUCUGGACCAUGUACAGCACUAGAUCAUCUCUUUCGAAUAAUAAAACUUGAUUGGAGUGAUGGACAGAUAAUCUUACUGAGGAAUAAAAGAGUGACAACGAUCUUUCGUGGUGUGGACAAUAUAAAAUUUGCAACAGUAGCGAAACUCGAAAUAGAUUUGUUCAAGCAAUACCAAAAGGGCUUAAGCUACGAACGACUAACCUACGAAUUAAGUGAACCGUUGCCAGAGGACCUUGAAUGGCAAAACAAGAAUACAACUGAGAAAAUGCAAGAGACCAAGCUGUUAGAAUCACGACGUACAGCACGGCAAGCAGCUCGCAAACGGCAUCGAGCUGAGUUGAUGAUACCCCACCUCAAGCACCUGAACUUCGUGCUGUACUGGCCUCAUGCUAAGCACGCACACCCUGAACUAUAUGAGCGAUGGGACCUUAACAAUAUAGUGAUGGUGGGUCGCGAAGAAGUACAGUUAGACCGGGCAACUGCGGAAGAUAUCCUGUAUGCGGGAGACUCUUCGAUGAACGAGGCAGCUAUGGAUAUGCUGUCGUCAGGAACUGCUUUGGCCAUUUGUUUCCGUCUCCUGGAUUUAGAAAAGCAUUUUGUUGACCUUGUACGGAAGAUUUUAUACGAAGACGUAACACCUCUGGACGACACGAAACCCGUCAACGAACAAUUGCCGCAGAGAUCAGCUUUUGACAGAUACAAGACGUACAGUCCUACAAAAGCGGAGAUAUGGCAGAGAAGAAGAGAAGAUAGACAGAGGAAAAGGGAAGAAGCUGUUGAAAAGCGCGCGCGCCGCUUGUCAGAAAUGCAACGCUUGGCGCGACAAGCUAUUUUAGAUGCUUUAGAAGCUAGAAGACUUCAAAAGGAGCAGAGGAAGCUUGAGCUGUUGAAAGCUGGAGAUUUAGAAGCACUGGAAAAGUUAAAACACGAGCCAGACGAUGCAAAAGUUGACAUCGUUGUGCCUGAGGAACUACCAGAAGAAGAAGAAUCGAGCAGUUCUGAUGAGGAUGAAAAUGAGUAUUUUCCUCCCCCCGGUCUACUCAUACCUGGCUUCUAUGCUCCUCCGAACGACGUGGCCAAAGCCAAUGGCUUAGCUGUAUUGUUUCCAAAGAUAGUGUCGGAGUGCGUUACACCGGAGCCAGAAUAUCUACCACCACACGUUCUUGUUCUGCUGGACAUAACGAAGCGAUACAAAGCUGUCCAGGCUUUAGCUAAAUACAAGGCAGCGUUGAUUCAUAUGGGCAUAUUUAAGUUAACAACACCUUAUGAUGCAAAACGGAUAGCUUACAGUGUGAAGCAAUUUGAUUCCUUGCCUUCUUCGUAUGAUAUUGACGAAGUGAAAAUCGCGUUCAUGGUUUCAACACUAAAUGACGUAGCAUUACUUGAGCUGAUAGACCUGGCGCCGUCACACGUCAGCAAAGAUGAUGAAAUCGGCGAAGAAGAAUGUGCUGCGGUGUUUCCCGUUGACUAUGGUGAUGAUUAUCCUGAAUUCGAGGAUUUUUUUAUUUUUUGA